CUUUCAUUCGACGAGCAAGUCUGAGCAAUAACGAAUUGCAAAAUGAAAUUCGUGAUCACUAUGAUCCUGGCGAUAUGCCUAUUUGCAUCAGUUUUUGGCCAGAUGUUCCAGUAUUCAAGAGGAUGGAGGAAUGGUAAACGGUCCGGUGAAGUCAUGAAGGAAUCAUCAUGCCAGCUUCUACUCAGGUCUUUACUUGAUAACAAACCAGUUUCACAGAUCAACUCGCUUUGUGAUUGGUGCUAUGAGCAGAAGCAGACGUUGUUGCCGCUCAGACAAGAAGUUGCUGGUACAGAUCUUCAAGACAAAUAGUUCAUUCAAUAAAAACAUAAACCAAAGUUUAAAAAAAUGUAUCCCCUUGAUAUGAUAUAUUGUAAUAUCUGUAGUUAAUUUAACAUAGUUCAAUUCAAUAAAA